AUACUAACGUUGCCACGCUAAGAGCUUCAAUCCAGGAGAGGGCAUGGAUAAUAAUAAUGCGAGACGUGGGUAUACGAGUAAACGGGAUGUAGGCAAAAAAAAAGCCCAUCAGGGCAGCCACACGGGUAACAGCUACUGGCAAUGGCUUUCGGCAAUCCUAGUGAGAAGAGCCUCAAUCAGAUGAAUGGAAUCACCCCCCCCCCAAACUCUUCCCUACCCCACCUUGCAGCAAUCACUUCAACCGUCACCGUUAGCACCAACGUCAAUCGAUUUUCGACAAAUUGCUUAGGAAAAUGCCUCGCGAUCCUCUCAUUGGCCUUGUCGGGAAACCAUCUAGUGUUCGAAAGUUGGUAUGUAUGCCUGAUUCACAACCAUCGAUCCCCAGAGAGCAAUCGGAUACCUUCAAGUCGACUGCGCAUGCAUUCGAUUUGGCAAAUCAGACCAGUGCAAACCGAACUACGGCUCUUGCAAUAAUGGCAAACGAUCUGUGCCAAUUGAGCUCCUCGACGUCGCCGGUCUUGUACCUGGUGCUCACCAAGGGAGAGGGUUGGGAAACAAGUUUCUGGACGACCUUAGACAUGCUGAUGCACUGGUUCACGUUGUCGAUGGGAUAUGACCCUUCUCAGGAUAUCGUCUGGCUGAGGGGGGAAAUUGUGCAGUGGAUUCAGGGAAACUUGAUGGAGAAAUGGGGAUCAAUAAAGAGACGACACGUGGCUUUGAAGGCUUCACCAGUUGAUACUCUUCAAAGCCAGUUCUCCGGAUAUGGCUCCAAUCAGGCUAUGGUCGCCCGAACCCUAGACAAACUUCAAUUAAAGACACCACUAGAGAGCUGGGAUCCGGAGACGAUUGGAAAAGUGGCUAAUGCGUUCACGGAUGAGAAGUUCCCGACGGUUUGCGCUCUAAACAAGAUUGAUCACCCCGAUGCAGAUAAAAACAUCGCCAAGAUUGCUAAACAGCGAGACCCAAAUACCAUUGUGCUUACCAGCGCAAUCUCGGAGGUCUUUCUGAGAAAGUUAGCGAAGCAGGGCUAUGUCAGAUAUGUUGAGGGUAGUGACUUUGUGGAUGCCAGGGAAGAUCUGGUCGCAGAUGGCGAUCCGGAUGGUGGAGGUUUGAAAGAGUUGGACGACAAGCUCAAAACACGUGUGGAGAACUUGAAAGACAUGGUUCUUUAUAGAUUCGGAAGUACAGGAGUUGUACAAGUUCUUUCUAGAGCUGCUCAAUUGCUUGGACUGGUUCCCGUGUUUCCUGUUAGAAAUGUUAACACUUUCUCAUCCGGGGCCAACUCAACAGGUGUUUUUCGGGAUUGUGUUUUGGUCAGCAAGAACUCGACUGUGAGAGACGUUGCAAAGAAGGUCAUGGGGGAUGUUGCAAUUGCCUACAUAGAAGGUGUUGGAGGCACAAGAGUUGCUGAGACUGAUAUUGUGGAAGUUGGGAAAAACGAUAUUCUGACAUUCAAAGUCGGGAAGGCUUAAUACCGGUAUGAUUCUAGAAUGGUGAGCGAGAAAGUGUUCACAGCCUUGUAUGGAGAAGUUAUUGUAAUAUUAGAGGGAGCCCAAUACGUGGGCCUUUUUUGGUUUGAGUUUCGGGCUAGGCGGACAUGGAUACCUCCCCCACUGAUUUUGGGAACCGGGAAUAAAAGUAUCAUGAUCACCAGGCGGUAAAUGCAAAUGCAGAAGUGAUUGAACCA